CUUUUUCAAAAGGAAACCAUGGCCACAUUUCACCAUGAAGCUCCUGAGACUUCUUCAACCGCCACCACCACAACAGUCUUUCAAGCCUUCCGUGCUCCUAGUCAUCCUUACCCUGUACGUAUCCCUGCAGUUCAACAUCCAAUCACUCGAGAGUGGUACGUGAUCUGGACCGAUAUCACUGACUGCUUCCCAGGAGUUGUGCGUGUACAGCACAACGAUGUUUAUGUGCCCUUUAUGCGAGAUCAAGAUCUUUACAGAGUACGCCCACAUGGCAUCAAAUACCAUCCAGAUACCAUUCUUGAUAUUAUCUAUGCCGAUCUACAACAGCAGCAACAGCAGAAGAAACAUGCAAAGUUGAAGCAUGUGCUUCAAGCAGGACAACAGGAACUCCUUGGUUGUGGUGAACCUCUACCUGCAUCCCAAGGCAAUGGCGGUAGAACUAGCAACAAAAAUGAUCAUAGCAACAAGGAAACCCCUGUUACCUUUGGAGCUAGUCUUUUGGAAACUUACUUGGCAGCCUCAUUGCUACAGACCAGCCCUUCAUUGAAUGGAGCAAGUAACCCUGGAAUGAUAGAGGCGCAAAAAUUUGGAGCAAAAGUUAUGCUGAAUUAUCCAACAACUACAACUAUGGCAUCAUCGUUAUCGUCAUCAUCUCGUUCCUCAACACCAUCAUUACCUCAACGAUCGGGAUUUGCUUAUGGCCAUACGUCAGAUGACUUCGAUAUUAGUGAGAGUGAUGAAGACAAAUGUGUAGGAAGUGUCAAACAAAGAGAGCCAAGCAAAGACGACACUGAAGACGACCAAGGCAAAGGAGAAAUAGAAGAUAGUGGUGACGACAAGCAGGGAGAGAUAAUUGAUAGAAAUGACGAGACAGCAGCGGCCACUGCUAAAGCGGAUAAUGCAGCCAAGGAGAGUCAAUGCAGGGAAUUAAGUAACAGCAUGCAAUCGCUUUUUGCUCAUCCUACCAAAUCUGCAGACGAGCAUGCGAUUUUCCAGGAAUGGAAGCCUAACUAUCAACUUGUUCAUGGUGGCCACCAUCUAGUUGACAAUAAUAACAACAUCAGUAGUGGAAACCAAUCAAGGAUAAUUACUACAGCCAAGCAAACUAAACAGGCUAGACGUCAGAUUAUUCUAGCUGCACAUGCGCGCCAAAAGAGGAGAACUACUGCGGCUUCGGGAUCGAAUAAGCAACCGAAAAGUCCUGUCGCAAUAGGCGCUAUGGUAUGCGCUGCGGCGGACGAUAUGGAUAAGGAUGCCAAAGUUGAAGAGCUAAAACUAGAAGUCGAGUCGGAGGCAAAUUCUCAGCCUCCAUCUCCGUCUCAACAACAGCUUAGCAAAGCCAUCGAAGAUAAAAAGGAAAAGGAUGAGAAGAUAGAACCCGUUGCAGCUGAAUCCAUGCUCUCUUUUGCUGAGAGUAAUCAAGUAUCUAAGAUUCUAGAACCAUCAGCGACGAUGGAAACAGCUUCACGGGGCUUGAAAUCAACUGCCUCAAGCACCAUAGUAUCAACGUCUAUUAAUCCUUCGACCAAGCUUGCUGCUGACAACAGCAUUGGGCCUUUGACUAUCUCACCAUCACAAAGCUGGAGUCCAUUACCCGAUGUCAGCGAGAUUGCAGACCCUAAUAGGUUGACUGCUGCUAACGUGGUCCGAAAGCGUGUCCAAGAGAUCCUUACCAAGCGCUACCGAUGGAUUGAGGCUUCUGCACCUAAACUUUUUAUCGUUUUACCAGCUGCCUCAUGGGCAGUCAAUGUUGGCCAAGCUGCACUUGAGGAGGUUGCCAGUAAACUAUCCUGGUCAGACUUCGCAGUUCAUUUUCUAUGCGACUGUGGCGGACGCUCAAGAGCAAGUACGACCUUUGCUCACUCAAACCUGACGGAUUGCCCAUGGGGACAUCCUUUGACAAGAGCAGUUGAGCAAUCAAUGAUCGAGCGAUUUGGGGAUUAUAUGAUGGCCAUCUUAGAGGCUCUCAAGUUUGGUGUAGUGCACCAUGAGAACGAUAUCUUGUGCUGUUUCCCUGCAGAGAAAGAUCCAGAGCUACAGACACGGAUUACAUUGGCGAUCAUUUAUCUGGAAAAUCAAAAGGUCAAGAGUAGUCAGAGCUUCUUGAACCAAGAUCCAUCGGGUUCGUCAACGAAAAUUAGUGAUAUUCCAUCGGUGACACCACUGGGAAAGAGAGAUUUUGCUGCCAUCUCUAGUCUCUUUUUUUUGGGAGAUCCUCGUCGGAUGCUGGAGGACACGCAUCCAAUCCUAACGCCAGAGCGAGACGUACGUUGGGUAUGCUUGCAUCACUGUGUCACCAUGUCACCUAAUGAUGCUUGGACCAGCGCCUUCCGUUUCUCCGGUGACUCUGCAUCUACUGUAACAGAAUUCAGGACUUCGACAGGCGCGUUCCGAGUCGUGAUCACGACUCGCGAACGGGCACGCGAAUACUACAAGUUGGCAGAGAAGCUGGUAACAACGUCGGUGUUGCGCAUCUUUUUGGACUGGGAAAUGAACAAUGAAGACGAGGAGGAACUCCGUCAGGCGAUUGCCAAGUUCAAGGCUGCCUGUGUCCGGGUUCAAGUACGGACGGAUUCUGCAUAUUCGGGAAAAGUGCUCGGGUUUGGACAUGGAUACUCCGACAUUAUUUUUGAGGUACUCAAGAACAAGAACAUUGAAGCAUUUGUGAUGGAUGUAGGCCCGAAGGAUGACCCGUCGCUCUAUGGUUACAAUGAGCGGUACGAUAUUACUAGGACAUUUACGACUAGUGAUCAGCGUUUCCGGCUGGUCCGUUUCAAGCGAAGUUCUAAGGAUAUCAAUAAAAUCAACAUGAGGAUCCUAGUUACAGACAUUGACCAUGGAGUCCAGCGGAUCCGAAGCAUGUUUGAGGGCCUUCACCAUUUCACAAAGCUGAAUCUUGUUAUGGAGGAUAUACAUGAAAACGUGUCGAUUAAGUUUUUGAAGCCGGGUCAGCCAGGGGCCGAAAUUGAGGACUCUGAAUAUCAGACGGGAGAUUUGUUACAGUGGCUCGAGAAGCGUGGGAACCAAGAUACGAUUCAUUACCGUGGCCUUUUGAAAUCUGAUAACUGCUUCCUUCAUUCCAGAAUACUGACGAGUUUGUAUCUUGGUUAUUCGUAUGCGCGUGAUCGAAAGAGAGUGUGGCAUAUUAUCAAGAGUAACAAGCGGUUGGUGACAGUUGAGCUCGAAAUCGUGGGCCAAGAUGAUCCUAGUCAGAUUUACGAGAGUUACAAGAGCUUAAUGGCAAACCAUCCAACGCUCAAGACUUUCCAAAUCUUUCAGCGACAUCAUCGCAUGUCUUCCGAAUUCCAAUGGUCAGAUAUGUCGGAUCCUAGCAAGAUGAAGGUCCGGAUUACGACCCAUGAGGGUGACAAAGUAGCAUCGAUGUUCCAAAAGUAUGCAACGUCAUUAAGUAGCCUUGAUAUUUAUGGCAUUACGUCCCAAGAUGCCGCAAUAUUAGAGAAGUCAUUGAGACCCAGGAAGGGGCCAUUCAAGCUGAAGAAAAUCUUGAUCAUGGAUGCACAUCUGAUGGAGGACUCUACACUCGAGGAUCUUCGAAAAAUUAUUCUGCGAGGUAGUUUUGAGAAUAUUAAUAUGAUUGUUGAUAUUCGAAAGCUGAAAAAGAGCAUUGCUGGGUAUUCAGAUGAGGAAGACAGCACUAUAGGCGAGAGACAAAGUCAGGGACAGCAGAUUCCGAAGAAUAACAGUAAAGCUGUAGCAGUGAAUGGCCAAAAGAAGACGAAGAAAAAGAUGCUUACCAAUUCAGAUCAAGCCAAGGAACGAAUGCAGACCGAAGCACUUAGGAAGUCUAUAGAUUUUAUGAUAUCGAUUGGGACGAAGGUGACGAUGUUUGAUGUAUGGGGGGCGAACACCCAAAGAAUGCUUCAGUAUCUAGCGGCCAAGACACCUCAAACAGCCAUCUUACCGAGCCUAAAAACUAUUUCUAUCAGGGUCAAGAAUGGACAAUUAUUGGAUCAGAAAUGGUUCACGGAGGUGUUAUUUUACAAGAGCGCACCGAUCAGAGAACUGUGGGAAGAGCAUGCUGCUCGCUGCGCUUCGGGUAAAAGUGGGGCCAGGAAUGGAGGAGCUACUGUUCAUAAUAACAAUAACGGAAUAAGCGCUAAUUAUCAUCAACGUCGCCACGAGAAUGACAGCGAUAAACAACAACAGCAGGAUCAGCAGGAUCAGCAGGAUCAUGAUUACCAACAGCAACAACGCGAGUUUGUUAUGAGACUGGAAGAAAUUUCCGGGUUCACAGAAGCAUUUAUAAAUCAGCAUGUCUCAGGCGCGUUUGAACUGGCGAGUGCAGCGUUUGAGUGUCCACAGAGGAUUGCACCAUUGGAUGAUGUUUCAAUCCAAGAUGUUGAAAUCCAAGCAGAAGAUUGGUACUUUUUGUUGCAAGCGCUAGAUUUUAGAGAGAUCCGAAUGUUCCAGUUGGAAGUAGCGAGUCCGAUAUCGGGAGAGAUGCUGAACAAGUUGUUAGAUGCCAUUCCGGACAUGAGUUGUGCGUUAGAGUCGUGCUCAAUCUCUGUCCCUGGACCGACUCCUGAAGAGGCUUUGCAUUUUCAACAGGAGUUGAUGAAGAAGGCGAUGAUGAGUAGACGAGCCGAUGAUGAGAGGCCAACAAUUAUGGUCAAUGGCUAUAUCUGAUGAUGACAGUGACAAUAUGAUAUUAAUAAUGAUUGUUGAUGGGAGCGACGUUACUGUUAAUGAUAUUCUAUUUUGGAUCAGGAAUGACAUGGACUGUGUAACAAUGGCGUUUGUCGAGUGAAAAUUAUUUACCAUUGCGCGCACAAACGACAAUGUUGACACAAAAGUCGACAAAUAAAAAUAGAUCAAAGACAAACAUUUUGGUUCUUAG